CUGGCGACUUGAGAUGAACCAUGUAUGUACGAUAUUUCAAGAUUAAAAAACCUUGACUGUAAUUAGAAAACGAUCCGUCAUAUGAGCAGAGGCUAGACCCAAUAACGCCGCCGUACAUGGAGUAAACAAGGUUUUAGCGUACUGUAGAUCUUCCUUGGAUCUGCACUCCUGCAUAUCUUUUUUCUUGUGUUCAGUAUAUUUGCAGAAUGCAUACCAAAUCCUCUCCUCUCUCAUUCUUUUUCAUUUCUAUCUGUACGACAUGUCAGCCCUGACUCCCCUGUUUCGUUAUGUGCUCAUGCAUGCCACACGCAAAAACGGCUUCAAGUUGGUUCUGGCCUUCAUGACCUACUAUAUCUACAAGUAUCGUGGCCAUGCCCUGGGGACAAAUCGCCGUUCUGAUCUCAAGCAACCCAAAGGCGCUGUCCCUCUUUUGGGACACAUGCCAUUAAUUUCCUCUGUUCCUCCCACACAACUGUAUCAAUUCUUUCUAAAAUUGCACGUUGAACUCGGCCCUGUCUGGUCCCUUUCGCUUCCUGGUGUUCGUAUGGUUCAGAUUGAUACGCCCGAGAAUAUUGAACAUGUUCAUAAAGUCAACUUUUGGAAUUAUGAGAAAGGCCCGAUCUUUAAAGAUGUCAUGGGUAUCCUCUUUGGCGAUGGAAUCUUUAGCGCUGACGGACAUGAAUGGAGAUUUCAGCGCAAGCUUGCAAGUAACAUCUUUAGCGUCAGAGCCUUCCGCGAGUACACAAGUGAUGUCUUCGUCGUCGAGGGUAAAAAAGUACUCGAACAUCUUGGCAGAGCUGCUGAUCAAGGCACACCCAUCGAUUUCCACGACUUGAUGCAUCGCUUUACACUCGAUAGCUUUGGAACAAUCUCAUUUGGAGAAAGCUUUGGAUGCCUCGAUGACUUGGGGGUAGAAGUACCAUUUGCUUUCGCCUUUGACGACCUACUACAAAUUGUGACUAAACGCCUCAUUGAUCCUCUCUGGAAGAUCCGUGAGCGGGUCACAAGCACGGGAAAGAGAGCUAAGGAACAUCAAGAAUACAUGUAUAAACAUGCGCUCAAAUUCAUCCAGAAGCGCAGAGAAGAGGGUCAUCGCAGACAGAAUAGGGAUCUCCUCCAGCUGUGUAUGGAGGCCAAAGAUGAAAAUGGACAGCCUAUUUCGGAUGAUUAUAUUGUUGACAUCUUCCUUAACUUUACACUUGCAGGACGCGAUACUACUGCUCAGGCACUUGCAUGGAUGUUUUACCUUCUUCAUCGCGAUGGUACGGAUAAAACGAUUGCCAAGGGACUUGCAGCUGAGGCGGACGAUGUCCUUGGAGGACAGGACCCUACAUACGAGACAUAUAAGAGGCAGAAGUUCGCAGAAGCAUGCUUCCAUGAAUCACUACGUCUCUUCCCUGCUGCACCCCGCAAUCAAAGAAUGUGUGUUAAGGAUGAUGUCUUGCCAGACGGAACCAAAAUCUACAAGGGCGAGCGUGUUACCUGGAGUUCUUAUGUAAUGGGUCGAAGCGAACGUAUCUGGGGCCCUGAUGCCUUGGAAUACAAGCCUUCCCGCUGGAUCAAUGCCGAGAAGCCCUCACAAGCAAAGUUUAAUGCCUUCCAUGUUGGACCUCGCGUCUGUCUCGGUCAACAGUUCGCAACUGUCCAGGCAUUAACGUUAAUCGGAAUGUUGUUCCAGAACUUUGAAUUCGAAUUAGUGGAUCCUACAAAAGAACCCGCCUAUUCCACAUCUCUCAGCUUCCCCAUGCUCGAGGGCUUGCCCGUCAGGGUCUUCCGGAGAUCCCAGCCACGCACACAGGCAGCAACUGUCUAA